AUCUAUCUGCUUCCAUAUAUCUACAAUCUACAAAAAUUUGUGGGUUUCAAAAAAUAAAAUUAGGGUUUUGCUUUGAUUUUCCAAAAAAAAGUGGGCUUUGUUUGUCUCAUUUUGUGAUUUAUUUACAUGGGUUUUUAAUUAUUUAAUUACAGUACAAUUUGCUUUUAUCAGAUAACAAUGUGAUGUGCCUCUGAUGUUUUACUAUGGGUAUGGAGAUGAUGAUGAAGCGGGGCUUCUGGGAGUAUUCUGGAGUGAUGGAAUGAAACCCUUGAUUUGAUUACCUUCAGCCAAAACAAAUUUCUUCUUUGUAUAUGUGUACAUAUUAUUUAGAGAAAUGACGAGUGAAUCUUCCAUCGAAAUCCACCAUACUCGUAUCAUUCUACGAACAGCAAUUGCAUCGAGAGUCCUACUCAUAGCCCUAAUCAUUCUAUGGAGGUCACUCCUCAGCCCCUAUGACACUUCCGCCUCCAUAAAUCCCGUUUGCCUCUCUAGGUCUUCGCCAAACUCAACUUCCAUUCUCUUCCCUCGCAUUGCCUCGGCAAUCGGCAACAGCAUUGUCUGGGAUGGUGUAUACUUUGUGCGCAUCGCACAAUGCGGCUACGAGUACGAGCAAUCCUACGCUUUUUUGCCUCUUCUCCCUCUCUGUAUCACUUUGUUAUCGCGAACAGUGUUUGCACUCCUAAUUCCAGUUAUUGGGUAUAGAGCUGUCUUGGGACUGUCUGGAUAUGUAAUUAGUAACGUUGCUUUCGUUUUGGCUGCAAUUUGUUUGUACAGGCUCUCAGUUACCAUUUUGAAGGACCGAGAAGGAGCACUGAGAGCAUCAAUUUUGUUUUGCUUCAAUCCAGCUUCCAUAUUCUACUCAUCGAUAUAUACUGAAAGUUUAUAUUCUUUAUUAUCAAUUGGAGGAUUAUAUCAGUUCAUGUCUGGUGCAAAUAAUGUUGCAACACUUUUGCUUGCCCUCUCUGGUACUGCAAGGUCAAAUGGGGUGAUUACCGCAGGUUAUAUAUGCUAUCAGACUAUGCACAAUGCUUAUGAUGCUGUCUUUUGUAGAAGGCAUUUCUUUUUGGCAGUGCAGGUUCUUGCUGCUGGAGCUUUGCGUUGUCUAUGUAUUUUUAUUCCAUUUAUUGCUUUUCAAGCAUAUGGAUACUAUAAUAUUUGUCUGGGAUUUAUUCCAGAUCAAAUGAGACCAUGGUGCAAGGCAAGAGUUCCUUUACUGUACAACUAUAUUCAAAGUCAUUAUUGGGGAGUGGGUUUUCUGAGAUAUUUCCAACUAAAACAACUGCCAAAUUUCCUGCUUGCAUCUCCAAUAUUAUCUCUAGCACUUUGCUCGAUCAUCCAUUAUGUAAAGCUACAGCCUGAAAUUUUUUUCUCACUGGGUUUCCGAGGUUCACCUGAGGAUAAUGAUUCAGCAUCUGUCUCAUUUCCAACGGGGUCAAACACAAGAGAAAAAGGUGGUUAUUUUCUAGAGGAACACUCUUCUAGAAUACAUCAAGUAUUUGUGUUAACAGAAGAUCACAUUCUUAGACGGAGGAAACAAACAAUCAAAGGAGAGGGUCCUGUUACUCUUCCAGCAGAAAAUAAUUCAUCCGAUAAAUCAAGAUAUUUAUCAGUUAUUGUUCUUCCUUUUGUCCUACACUUGGGAUUCAUGGUGGCCACUGCAUUUUUUGUCAUGCAUGUGCAGGUUGCAACUCGUUUCUUAUCUGCCAGUCCGCCUCUCUAUUGGUUUGCCUCACAUUUAAUGGUGUCUCCUGGAAUUGGUAAGAGAUGGGGGUACUUGAUAUGGGCAUACUGUGCAGCCUACAUCCUUCUUGGCAGUUUGCUCUUCUCAAACUUCUAUCCUUUCACUUGAGGAGUCUUGAUACUUUGUUCUUUUUGACUUCUGGGCUCCUGAGAAACAUAUAUGCACCUUGAGCUGCUGCAAACAGUUGAUUGUUGCAUGCGUUUCACUUUGAUUUGGGAGCAAUGGAUGUCAAAACUAGCAUGUAACAAGUUCAAUAUUGGUGAAACAUUUUUUUGCUAUGGAUGAGUGGAUUAGGGAAAUAGGAAUCCUAUAAUUAAUCCCAUCCAGCAGAGAGAUGAUAUGGCCUAGUUACCGUUAAUAUUGUCUCUCAUGGACGCCCAAAUGUGUAUUAUUUGGAGCGACUGAUGGGAAGCACCAUCCCUGUGCUCGUGAGAAAAUCAACAUUUUGUGCUUCUCAAUUUGUAACUUUUAUUGGCAAUGCUCGUGAUUUUGUAGAUUAACCUUUGCAGAAAUGUGGAAUUAUUAUUUUAUUCAGAAUUAUUUUUGUUCUCCCAA